AGGACUCUCCAUCCUUCUAGAAUUAAAAACCCUCCGAUUACAAGCUCACAUCACAGCGACGGCCUCUUCCAUCAUUUUCUUUAAUCAUCUCUCCAUUUCCUUCUUUUUUAAUUGAAUUUAUUGAGCGGCGUCGUUUCCAUUUCUUCAGAUAUCUCCAGCUUUGCUAGAUCUAGGGUUUCUGGGGUUUUGGUUUUAGGGCAUUUUGUCUCUGUCUCUAUAUGCUAUUUGGAUGUUGAUGGACAGUGGUUCUUUGCAUAGAACGAUCCCCGCCGUUGAAGCUUUGCCCUCAGGGGUAAAGUCACAAGGCGGUCCUAAGGUUACGAAGAUCCGGUCCGUUGCUUACGUUGGAUCUCACAACCUCUCCAAUCUCUCCAUCGCUUCACAGGGAUUGGUUAAAUGCUGUGGAAGCCAACCUUUUGGCAGACAAGUAUCAUGUAGUGGUGGGUUGAGAGGUUCAAUGCUUGUGACAUUUGCGAGCUCAGAGUCUAGCAAAUGUGACUAUAGGAGCGUGGCUACACCACUUGAGCCACAAUCAUCAGCUGGGAAAUUCUUGAGUAGUGUACUGAAGAACCAUCACCACAUUUUCCAUUUCGCUGCUGCGGAACAAGUAGAGGUGUUAGCUGCUGAUAGGGAUGAUGCUAUUGCUCGACAGAAGCAUAGUUUGGGCUCUGCUGAAUCAUGCCUUCAUGGCAGGAUUGCUGAACUGAAGGAGCAGGAGUGCCAAAUCGCAAUCGAAGAGGUCAUGUACAUGAUGGUUGUCCACAAGUUCUCAGAGAUUGGAGUUCCUAUGGUCCCGCGGCUAUCUGAAUGCAUGAACAAUGGGAGAUUAGACAUGCGGGCAUCAAAUGAUAGAGAGCUGGAAUCUGUCCACAGCUUAGAGACGCUUGAGAUGAUACGUGAACACUUAUCCACCAUCCGUGAUUGGAGAGGGAAAUUCGAUGCCACAGAUAACCGGACAGCGAGCCGAAUCCCUAGGCUUCAGCUGGGCCGAGUCUAUGCAGCUUCAAUCAUGUACGGCUACUUUCUCAAAUCUGCCAGCUUGAGGCAUCGCCUGGAGCUAGAUUUCGCACUGACCGACGAAGACCUUCCUCCUUUGGGCUACGGGAUUCGCAUCCCGCUGCAUGAAUUCCAGCGUCGUGGGUCGGACAAUGUUGCCGUUCUGGGUUGCCCGACGGACAGGAUAUCUUCCCUGUAUCAAGGAUCAAGGAGGAGCAGGAAGACUGAGGAGCUGAGGGGGUAUGUGAUGGGGUUCGACUCUGAGGCCUUGCAGAGAUGCGCGAAGCUGAAAUCGCGGGAGGCGGUGAAUCUGAUUGAGAAGCACAGCUGGGCGCUGUUUGGCGAAGAUGGUGGGGCAGGUCGAAUGGAAGAUGACGAGGUGAUCAGUGUCACAUUUUCAAGCCUCAAGAGACUGGUGUUGGAGGCUGUUGCAUUUGGGUCUUUCCUUUGGGAUGUGGAAAGAUAUGUUGAUUCAAUCUACAGUCUGAAGGAGAACUAAGAAGAGAGGGAGGUGUAAAAAAGAUAAAAGAGGAAAGCUUAUGAAGCUGUAUAUAUGGGGUAAAGCUGUAUGUGUAGAACUCUUGUAUUAUCGAGUUCUCACUCAAGUCAGUUGUAUUGGCUGUUACCGUUUGGGUGGUCGCAAUUCAAACAUGUAUAUUGUAGCAUUUAGAAGCAAUAUCAGUUAUUAAUUGAUAGAACGUUUUUCAUUCAA